ACGUGUCGUCUGAUUUUAAUCCUGUCGGGUCUUGUCAGGCGGCCACAUGUUGUUAUUACCGACCAGUUUUGACCAUCGGUCCGAUGGUUUCGUUAGUCGAAUACGAUUGGCUGAGCGUUUUCAAACCAAAAUUAUUAUUCGAAUUAGAUAGUGCCCACCGCCAGACUCGCCCCGAGAUAAUUCCACAGUCGCAAAUGUACAAUAAUAUAAUAACACAUAACAUUAUAUUAAUUAUUAUUAGACAUUUUUAACGCAUUAUAAUCAUACAAUGAUACGUCUGUGGAUGAUUUCCCUGUUUGUCGUUUUUGUGUUUAUAAGUUCAAUGUCGGAUGCAGUCUAGUUUUUUUUUUGACGAAAUAAGCAAAACUUCCACAACACCGUUACAUUUAUACCUACGUAAUAUUACGGACCUUGUCUAACCUUCAGAAGACUGAAAAAAUCAAUUCGAGUGUUGAACAAUUAUUAUACAAAAUGGAAACCAACAACAAAGCAUCGAUGUCACACGUCAAAUCCGGUUCGUCGGACGAGGAUGCUCUUCAUCGUGAAAACUUAUCAACCGCACAACUCGUAUAUCUUAAGAUAAAGGCAUUACGUAAUUUAUGUUGUAAAAACCAGAAUCUAAUUAAGAAUGAUGGUGUUAAAAUUGGUUGGUUAGAUAUGAGCCAAAUAGAGGAAAUAUUGAAAAAGUAUAAUCACGGUGAAAAUAAAUCUCGAAAUAAAUUAUUACCUCAUACACUACAAAAGUGGAAUCCACUUGACAAUACAUUUGAUCCAAUUGUGUCCGAUGUUGUAUAUGAAUUUGAUUUUUUAAAAUAUGCUGAAAUUAAACCAGAUAGGUGUGCAUGUUACAAAAAUCUCAUAAAAGACAGUGUUUCAGAGACUUCAAAUUCUUAUCAGAACAGCAAUGAUUGUAGCCAAACUAUUGUAGACACAAUAUCAGAAGCUAUGGAAAUUGAUUAUGCAUUUCUUGAAAAGUGGGAAAAAGAAAAUCAAGAAAAAAAUUGAUGACAAAUUAGUGCACUAAGACACAUUUGGAGAGACCACUUUCAACAAGAACAAACUACUACAUUACACCAAUUGAGUUCAUUUAUUACUUGUUACUUUCAAUUUCAAUAAAUAAUUGGAGACUAAUUGUUUUUUUUUUAGUAAUAUUUUGUUUGUUUAUUUUUAUAUGUAUAU